AUGCCUUUGCUUGUCCCAAGCAAUGAAAUUAUAUUUCACCAUGCCAGCAAAUACAUACUGACGGUAGUCUUCAUUGCUGGCAGCUGGCUAUUAUUUUGGAAGAUUAGUGCAAUAUUGGGGGACCCUGUUAUUGAUGAAAUUUUUCAUUUGAGACAGUGUCAAAAAUAUUGUCAAUACAAAUUUAAAGAAUGGGAUAAUAAGAUAACGACACCUCCAGGGUUGUACGUACUUGGAUUUCUUUAUUCGAAGUUCUUGGGUAUCUUCUUCGAUUAUGAUGUCUGUGGUAAUUAUAAUAUGUUGCGUUCACUUAACUUGGUCGGUGGUACUAUCGUAUUACCCAUGAUCUUGAAUAAAGUCAGUCUAAGCUUUUUCUGGCCCAUUAACAUUGCGGCUCAGCCAUUAUUAUUUACUUUCUUUUACCUAUUCUAUACCGAUGUUUGGUCCACGAUAUUGGUUGUUGGUUCACUUGUAGUAGUGUUACAAAACUCGCUGCACUCGACUUUUAGAUACUGUUUGAGUGGUUUUGUUGGGUUUUUAAGUCUUUGGCUCCGGCAAACUAAUAUUGCGUGGUUAGGAUUUGUGUUUUCUGUUGCUAUUGACCAUACAGUUACGGAUCAGAAGGUUUUUGAAAAAGCAUUCAAGAUCUUAAAGAUUCUUCCGAAAAAUUGGAAGAUAUGUCUUCCGUAUUCGUUAAAUUUUUUGGCAUUUGUCAUAUUUCUAAAAUUGAAUGGAGGUAUUACAUUUGGAGAUAAGGAAAAUCAUCAAAUCAAUUUACAUUUGGUUCAGAUAUUUUACUGCUUCACUUUUGUCACUUUUUUUACCUGGCCAACCUGGAUAUCAAGAAAGACUUUGAGAGCGUAUUCAAAUUUUUGCUUUUCAAGUACUAUAAAUCUCGUCUUGAACUGUUUUGCUGGCGCAUUUAUAAAGCUAAUAGUGGAUAAAUUUACCAUCAUACAUCCAUUUCUAUUAGCAGAUAACAGGCAUUUUACAUUCUACAUUUUCAAAAGAAUUAUUUCUCAUAGGUAUAGCAAUGUGAUAAGCAUUCCAGUAUAUCAUUUUUCUGUUUGGUUAGUCAGCCAUAUGCUAUAUAAGUCUAAGAGACUAAAGGAAAUUCCAGUAAUCUGUUAUUUCAUUGCUUCAUGUCUAACAUUGAUUCCGUCUCCAUUGUUUGAACCCAGGUACUAUAUUGUGCCAUUAGUUUUUUUCCGAAUUUUCAUCAAACCAGUCAAUAAUAGAAGACAUAUACUUGAAUUCCUUUGGUUAAGUUCAGUGAAUAUAAUAACUAUGGGCAUCUUUAUUAACUAUGAAUUUACUUGGCCAAGUGAACCCAAUGUUAUUCAAAGAAUCAUCUGGUGA